AUGGCGUCAGAGGCUCUCCACGACGAGGCUGAAAUGAGCUCUACCUCUUCAGCUACCGCGGAGAUGCCCGGCGUCGAGGCUUCCACGAGCUCUGCCGACGAGAAGAACCCAGUCUCCAGCUCCAGUGGCCAGCAAGCGCACGUGUCAGACGCGAAUGCGGAAGCAAACCAGCAGAAUGGCAAUGGCGACGGCGAUGCUGAUGCGGCGACGACGCAGGCGCCCUUAGCGCGCAAGGCAAAUGCUAACCUUUGUGGUGUUUGCGAGGUCAAUGCUGGCAAAUACAAGUGUUCGCGAUGUCGGCUUCCAUAUUGUUCAGUCCCAUGUAGCAAAGCCCAUCAGCAAAACCAUCCUCCCGAUCCUCCAAAGCAAGAAAAGCCAGCAGACCAGACCCCAAUUGCGCCUCCUCCACCAACUACAACAGCACACAUCGAUCCCUCAAAUCCCUUCAGCGCCCUCGCCACCUCAGACAAGCUCCAGCUCCUCUUCAAGAAAUACCCAAACCUACCAAACCAGCUCCUCGAGAUCCACGAUGCCACCCAGCCCCCGCCAGAAUCCCCAGACGCCGCUUCCAAAGCCAUACCUGCGUCGCUGAUGAAGGGCCUCCCCGCGAAUAGUUACCACAACGGCGUUAAGGGCCAGUGGAACCACGACAUUGGCAUCAAGAACGGCAAAGCUGCGCUGCGAAGGGCGCGAAAGGCGAGCGGCGAGGACGGCGAGGCGAUCCGCGAGUACACGGAGCUGAUACUGCAUAUUAUGAACCAGACAAAUGAUAGGAACGAUGCCGCGGCGUAUGUGCAGCGCCAGAUUGCUGAGCAGGAUACCGCUCUCAUUGAGCGCCUGCUAGCAGAGGAUCGACGAAAUCAAUAA